UACGUUUACAUCUAUGGUUUACAUUAUUCACAAGAUAAUAGAUUAGAUUUACAACAAUAGGUAACAUGGCUGUUAAAAUAUAUUAUUGGUAGACGUAUGUAGCACGGUAAUACAUACAAUAGCAGCACGUAUGUAGUUUAUUUACGAAUGACAGCAGUGGUGUGUUAAAUAUCGAACAAAUGAUUUAUUACAUAAAGCUGACGUACUUUGCUUUCCGGGUGUUCAUUACCCAUAUUUGUCUGGUAGGUUUUUAAAACAAAUUUUUAUUUAUUUUAUUUCGAUGAAAACAUGCCCAAGAGAGUGUCAAAGGUCUUAACCCUUAGAUCAAAAAUUGAAAAAACGAACUUGAAGAGCAAAAAGUUAAAUAGAUUGAAAGGCCUAAAAAUGUUAGCUGUGAUGGCAACAACACAACCAGGAAGUAGUGAUAAUACAUCUGUUGAUUCUGAUCAACCAAGCAAUGGUAAUUCAAAGGAUUUUUUAUCGACUGGUCGCACUGGAAGGCGCAAUGCUUUACCUGAUGUUUUUGGUGAGAAUGCUUUAGUUACUAGUUCAGAUUUGCCAGAUAAAUUUAAAAAACUAGCAACAAGCGACAACUUGCAGGACAGUUCGAAGGAAAGUGACAACCUAAACUCCAAUAAUAAAACCACUCCUUCAACCUCAAAAUGAUUUUUUUUUUAAGUAUUAAAAUUUAAUGUUUUAACUUAAUUUUCACAUGUGAUUAAAUUGAUUAAUCAUUAUUAGACUGAAUAAUAGAUAAGUUUUAAUACUGUGGAUAUAUUAAAAAAACCAUUUUGUAUUUAAUUGUUGCUGCAAAUAAUGAUAUAGUGCUUAUUUUGAUGCGUCUUUAUAUAUAUUAUGUGAUUUUUAGUAUUAGACUUUUGUUAGUUGUUUUAGUUAUUAAACGAAAAUAUGAUUAAAAAAAGUUUAAUUACAUAAAUAUGCAUUUUUAAUUAACACAAAACUGCCACAAAUUAAACUGAAAAAUAGUGGAAGCAUAAAUUGUUGUUGAAGGAAUCUCAAAUUAAUUAAAUGUUACUUGUAAUAUCCCGACUACAAUUAUUGUUAUUUGGUUUCGUUUGUACCUACAAUUUACUGCAUUUAGCGUAAAUUGUAUAUAGAAAAAUACAGUUAGUAGUAUCUAAUGACAGUAUGGCACUAGCUAGAAAUUUCGUAAUUUGUUAUUGUACGAUUAGCUACAAAAUAAUCUGUUUUGUGAUUGCCUUUGUUAAUUGGUAAUAUCCUGUUAAAAUUGUCGAUUUAUUUUAUAUGUUUAAUUUUGUGUAUAAUAUAUAUAAGUGCUGAUUAAUUUAGUCGAAUUUAUUGUUUUCAUUGAUAUAAUUUACAUUUUUAUUAUUCAUUUGCAAAACUACUUAAUGAAGAAAAUUUUUUUGCCUAGUCAUAGUUUUAAUUAGUAGUAAUUAAUAUAUCACCAAAUAUAUUUAUAAGCAUAAUUAACGCAAAUGUUCUAAAAACAUCAAAUUUGUGUUAUAUAUUAUGAUAAAUACUGUUAUUAAAUUGCAUUUUAAGAACUUA